AUGUUCUGGAUUGAGGGCCUCACACCGAAGCUGGACCUGGAGGAGAUGAAACAGAAGACAUGCAAAGAUGUGAUCUCCUCCAUACGGAACUUCCUCAGCUACGUGGCCCUACUGCAAGUCACUCCUUUUAUCUUAAAGAAAUUGGACAGCAUAUGA